UUCGCAGUUGGUCGUGUCGUGAGCGUGACGUAAAAUAGUAAUAUUCCGUAACGUAAUAUUGUGACUUCGUUUACGUGAAAAAAUUAUAAGUGCAAAAGUAUUUACAAGUGAAGUGUUUUAUUAAAAGUGUUUGUGAUUUAAAAAGGAUUUUUGUUUUCCGGAAGGUGUAAAUAAAGAUAAAGGCCAGUUUCUUCCUGGAUCAGGUGGAUAGAGAUUCUGCUGAAAUCCAAAGCGCUGUGUAAUGUUGAAAUGUCGUGAAAGGAGAAUAUGAAACCGUCAAUAAAUCUUUGACAACAUGGCGGCAAGGAUCUUUUUUCUCCUUUUAGUGCUUCUGGUGACUGCUUUCCCUGGUCGUUGUGCGCACAGACACGGUCACGACAUAUCCACGGAUUUCCCAGAAGUAUUAGAUGUUCAUCGUGAUAAUCGUGAUAACACGACGCAUCAUGAAAAGGAGCGAGGCGGAUGGUCACAAUGGAGCGAGUGGUCACUUUGCUCGAGAACUUGCGACGGUGGCGUAUCCAGACAGCUCAGAACCUGCUCCUCGCCCUCCGGCUGCCGUGGGGAGCCAGUACGAUACAAAAUAUGUAAUAUGCAGCCCUGUCGUGGAAACAUAUCUCUCCUAGAAGAGGAUAUCUGGCGGGAACAGCAAUGUAGCGCUCACGACAACACCCCAUACGGAGGGGAGCUCUUCCAUUGGACGGCUCACAGAGACGAUGACGAACCAUGCGCUUUAACUUGCCGUGGAACUCCACAACACUCUGGACAAAACCCUGAGCCGACGGUGUCUUUAGAUGAAGAAGAUAGGGUCGUCGUGGCGGUUCUAGCAGCACGGGUAUCUGAUGGUACUCGGUGCAGACCGGGCAGCCUGGACAUGUGCAUCGAUGGGAGAUGUCAGCGAGUUGGCUGCGAUCUCCGCGUUGGUUCAACUCGUCGCGUAGACGAAUGUGGUGUUUGUGGAGGAGACGGGUCUUCUUGCUCGCGUCCAAGAUACCAUUGGCUAUCAACCCCCGGGUCACUUUGCUCUGCGACGUGUGGUGGAGGAUAUAAGAUGUCAUUAGCAGUUUGUCGGGAUCGUCUGACGGGUCUCGACGCUCCAGAGGAACUAUGCGACGGUUCAAGCAAGCCAGCAUCUGCUGUGGUACGAUGUAACACACAUCCUUGCCCGUUUAAAUGGUACGUCGGCGAAUGGUCUUCGUGCAGCGUGACGUGUGGCGGUGGAGUGAGAAAUAGGCGCGUGCUUUGUGCAAGGUCCGCGAACAUCACUCGUACAGACACUUACGAUCCAGAAACCAGUUCAGAACCAGGCUGCAUGUCCCCCGCUCCGAGAUCAUCUCAACCGUGCAACGAACAUAAUUGCCCAACUUGGGUCGCUGGACCGUGGUCUGGGUGCUCAGUGUCGUGUGGCGAAGGAGUGCAAGUCCGUGGUGUGGAAUGUACACCAGCAGGUGGUGGCUGUGACCCAGCUACAAGACCAGAGAUUACCAGACCCUGUUCAACUGGAAUCAGCUGUCCUGCUUAUAGAGAAGCCGAAGAACCUGAGGACGAUAUUGAAGACCUUUUACCUGGAGUGGUAUAUCAUACACAGCCUUUAAUACAGCCUUACCCACCUCCGCAAGCAAAAGCUGAACAGCUCAUUGGCGAACCUGAUGUUCCGGUUGAAGCCACUUACAUCAAAGACGAUGAUUGGAGUCCGUGCAGCGUGACAUGCGGUGAGGGAUGGAGGAAGAAAGAAGUUCACUGCAAAAUAUUUUUAGAAUUCAGUCGGACGAUUGCAAAGUUACCUGAUAGUAAAUGUAUGGGACCAAAGCCAACUGAAGAGACUGAAAGAUGUGUUAUGGAACCAUGCUCAAUGGCUUACGGAACUUCAUUUGGAGAUUCUAGUGCACCAGCAUAUAACGGGGGAGACAGCAGAUCACUAGUCUUCGGUACAUCGAGCAAUAUUAGAGUGGCACCUGGAUCACCUGGGAAAUCCUAUUCUUGGAAAGAAAAGGGAUAUACUAGCUGUAGCGCGUCAUGUUUAAGUGGAGUUCAGGAACUCAUCAUCCAAUGUGUUAGAGAUGAAGAUGGCAAAAACGCGUCACCCUACAUGUGCGACCCACACACGAAACCAGAGAACCGAGUCCGAACCUGUAACGAUCACCCGUGCCCACCUCGGUGGAAUUACACGGAGUUUUCUCAAUGCACCAAGUCGUGUGGAAUCGGUAUUCAGACUCGAGAAGUCACAUGCAUUCACGAGGUAACCCGAGGUGGUACCAACACGGUGGUUGUACCAAACAGUAUGUGCCCACAACCACCGCCACCAGACAGACAAUAUUGUAACGUCCUUGACUGCCCCGUUCGGUGGCACGCUGCUGAGUGGUCGAAGUGCUCCAAGACUUGUGGUGGUGGCAUGAAGCAAAGAGAGGUGGUAUGUAAACAAAUCAUGGCGCAAUCUCACGUGGUGGAACGUCCAGCGUCACAGUGCAACUCACCACGACCAGCUACCACAAAGUCAUGUAAUAGCCGACCAUGUUUAUUGGAUACGUCAUCUCCAGAAAUAUCUUUGGCGAAUUCUUCGUAUAUACAGCACGAUCCGAAGAAGAAGAAGGUGACCGUAAAAGUUGGCGGAUCAGCGACUAUAUUUUAUGGAACUCAAGUAAAAAUCAAAUGUCCAGUGAAGGGAUACAAUAGGACGAAGAUCCAGUGGGCGAAGGACCAUCAAAUUAUUACGAAGUCGAAGAAAUACAAAAUAUCUAAAAAGGGGGCUCUUCGCAUUACAUCUCUUUCUCUCCGAGAUCACGGAGUCUACACAUGCGUGGCGGGACGAUCAAGUGCUAAUUUAACGCUACUUGUCAAACCGAGACCUGGAGAGUUUCCGUCGAGUGAAGAAAUUGAAAGGCAUAAAGCCUUGGAUGAACCAUCGUCGCCACUCUCUGACAGCAGAGCUGACGGUCGCUAUCGAGCCAUGAUAGGAGGAAGAUCCGACGACCAGUCGCACGAACAACGCCCUCCAGAUCAGAAGAAGAGCUAUAAGAAUCGACAGAAAGGCAAAAUAGAUAAGGUCCGGGACGCACUGUACGGCAACGCUGGUACCACAAGCACGAAAGCCUCGCCGAGCUACAAUUCACAAGCCCGAGACAUCUACGAUGAAAAUGAGAAGACUGCUGUAUCAUCUCAGAUGCUUCCACCAAAACGAAGCGGUGCCUCCAGGCUUUUGCCGUGUCUGCAUUACCUUGUAAUGCAACUACAGAUGUUUUGGAAUUUUCAGACCAUUGGCAAUUCGAGGGGUCAGAGAAUGGUGGACCCGAUUAUAAUGUAUCAAAAUUAUGGUACGCCAUCACAAGUACAAGUCGUCAACCUUGAAGAUAAACAAAUAGUCUUUCCAGAAGAUGAUGAUUCUGAUAUAAUUAUAGUCAAUGAGGACUAUAAUAGAAAUACUGUUGAAGAAGCAAGAGUUGAAAGUGUUAAACAAAACAUUGGUGACCUAGUGGAAACUACAACGGAGUCAGAUAACAAGUUUACAGCAUUCGACAUAAAUGAAUAUACGUGGAAGACCACAGAUUGGUCAUCAUGCAAUGCUCCCUGUGGUCAAGUUGGCCACCAAAUAAGGGGUGCCGUUUGCCAUCAUAAAUUACCUAAUCAAACAACUACAGUCGAAAUUGACGAAUGUCUGUCGAGAGGACUGACACCUCCGACCGUUUUACGUGAUUGUGCCAGCAAUAGCUGUGCUUCAUGGAGGACUGGAUCUUGGUCAGCAGUCAGAUGCUUGGCUUCUGGAAGUGCUAUAGUUCGACGUCGCGUUGAGUGUGUUUCUGACAACGGAACAGUACUGCUCGAUUCAGCUUGUGUGUAUAGUCAACAACCUGAGAAGACUAAGAGAGAAGCCCAAUCUUGUAAACCAGUUUGGGCUGUGGGGCCUUGGAGUAAGUGCAAGGGUCCGUGCGGGCAGGGCUUGCAACAUCGCGUGCUGCGCUGCGUGUGGCGCGCGGGCGGCGCGACGCGCGCGGGCCGCCGCGAGCGCCGCGCCGCCGCGUGCGCGCGCACUCGCCCCGCCGUCGUCAGAGCUUGCUCAGACGAACACUGUGCUAAAGAUGGCGUUUGCAGAGACAUGUCGAGGUUUUGCGAAAACGUUCGCGCAAUGAACAUGUGCGCUCUCAGACGUUAUAAGGAGCAGUGUUGCAAGACAUGUGAAGACUAAAUUAGGACAUUUGACUAUGAGAGACUAUGAUAUGUGACUUUCAGUGAAAAGGCUAUUUGCGUCUCGAAACGGGUUUUAUUCUUAUAUGUAAAAAGUUUAGACUGAAAAAGAUCUUAUGUACAUUUUAGUAUUUUUCGUGCGAUUUUUUAGAUAAAUCUUUGAUGUUUAUAUUUUUUUUUAUUUAAAACGAGAAUAUGUGUUAGUUUCCCUAAAAUAUAUUUUUUAAAUAUCGACUGUGACCUAGUAUGUGCUAUAUGCAUAUAAAUUGGAUUGUAUGUCGUUGUGAGCACGAAAUAGUUUCUAGUCGUGAUAGCACUAUAAGAAAUAUGAUCACAUAAAUAAAUAAAAUGUAUAUUUAAUCGAUUAUAAAGUAAUAAAUCGAUUAACAUAAGAAUCGAUUUUCUUAAAGUUGUAUAAAGGUUUUAAAUAGGCCCCUGAGUUUAAAUAACAUAUUCUACACACUUAACGGCAAUUUUAGCAAAAUCAAUUCUAUGAAGAAGUUAACAUAUUUUUUUUAUUUAUGAACUCUCAAAUAUUUUUUGUCUGUAUUUUAUUUUAAUUUUGAACAAACAAAACCAUACUUAAAUUC